CGCUCGUUGGCUCACGUGUUUUAAUUAAUAACUCGGUAACUAUUGCCAAUUUGACAUUAUGGUACAUGUCUUUUCCUCUCGGCUACACCCAAUCUAUCUCCAACUUUCGUCUGCAUGAUCACCUAUCAAACACCCUGUAUAUCCACAUGGCCGUUGUACGAGGAGCGCGUGUUCCUAGCGGAUCAUAUUGUUGCACGCAAAACAUCGAGUAGUUACAAUACAAAUGUUUUGCCAAAAACUCAGAACGCUGCAGCUGUGAGGCUCAAAUCUAAAGCUGACAAAUCCUCACCUAUAUCUAUCCGGUUCUCUCCUUCACCGUCGCCACCUGUAUUCAUCAGGUCAUCUGCGUCACCUCAAACUCCAGGGUUGUCAUCGUCUAAUGCGUGGAGCAGUGAUAACGAUUUGUUUGUUGAAAAAGAUGUUAAAUCUGAUACGUCUGAUAGUCGAAGCUCAAAUGGACGGUUAUUUGCAGCUACAGCAAAGGGAGCGUCAAUGUUCUCAACUCUGAGCUCGGCUCAGAGAUCUGAAUCUAUUUUAAAGGAAAUAAAAGAAGCCAGAUCGGAAGGAAAAUGCAUUGUUCCCCCGCCUGACAAUUUUGCUGCAAAGAAGAAGAAGGAUGAUGAUGCCUUGACUCAGGCAAUUCUAAUUCAAAUAAGUGCUCCGUCUUCUAUGACAGCUAAAGCCCUCAGCGAGGGCCUGUUAAAUCCUAGCAACACUAUUGUAUCUGAUAACAAUAUUGAUAGUAAUAUUAAUAAUAACAGUAAUAUUAAUCUGAUUAUGAGUGCUAUCUCCUUUGCCGUAUAAUCUGUGCCCGUUGAGAAGCAUCUUGAAUGCAUGAUGGAACCAUUAUCGAUAAUAACUGAAAAGUAUGUCAAAAAGUGAUGUUUUAAU